CUCCCCCCCCCUCCCAGCCAAAACUUCCCUCCUCUGCCCCUCUCCUCCUCCUCCUCCUGCUCUCCUUGUCUCCAGCCGGAAGGGGGAUGUGAUGUAAAACUAUUGGAGAACUGUGGAAGAUCCCUGAUAUUGUUACACAAAGUAGGGAAAGCGGGAAUGUGGGAAAGCCGCCUUUUGGAAGCCGGAUAAACAGUGCCCGGAGGGUCUGUAUUGGUGGAUUUGGGCACACAACGACAGAGAAGAUCCUCAGGACAUCUGGACAAGACCCCCAGGCACCAAUCGACUGUAGAAGUUCCCUGCCUCCUCCAACAGUAGAGGCUCCUCGCCGGCAGCAGCCCCGAACCUGGUAUAGGUGGAACUGAGAGUGAUGUGUAGAGAUGUAGGUGAGCGUGGGCAGCACCUCCACACUUGACUGGGCGACCAUCCAGAGUCUUUACACCUAUCAGAUCCACAAGAUGUUCCUCUGCUUCUUCCUAUUGGCUCUUCUUAGCGGAUGUGCCAAGUGUGCAGUGAUCCCUGCCUCGUGCCGAUAUGCGCUGGGCAUGCACGACCGCACCAUACGGGAUGAGGAUAUUACAGCGUCCAGCCAGUGGUACGAAUCUACCGGCCCCCAGUAUGCAAGGCUACAGCGAGAGGAAGGUGAUGGUGCUUGGUGCCCAGCGGGUCUCCUCCAACCUGAAGACGUUCAGUUCCUACAGAUCGACCUUCAUGAACUUCACUUCAUCACCCUGAUUGGGACGCAAGGCCGCCAUGCUCGCGCCACAGGGAAGGAAUUUGCAAGAUCCUACCGGGUCGACUACAGCCGCAAUGGGGAGCGCUGGCUCUCCUGGAGGGACCAUCAAGGUCAACAGGUGAUGAGAGGCAACGUUGAUGAGUAUGAAGUGGUCCUCGCGGAUCUCAGGCCCCCCAUAAUCACCCGGUACAUUAGGGUGAUCCCAGUUACCAAAGUGCCCAUGACGGUGUGCAUGCGAGUGGAGCUGUACGGCUGCAAAUGGACAGAUGGUCUGACUUCAUACAGCGUCCCAGAAGGAGAGACCUAUAUGGCACCAGGACAUCCAAUCGCCUUCCUUAAUGAUUCCACCUACGAUGGAUAUUUGGAGAAAAGGCGCCAGUUUGGGGGCUUGGGGCAGCUGACAGAUGGAAUUCACGGACUGGAUGACUUCACCCUGAGCUUGCAGUACCGUGUGUGGCCUGGGUACGACUACAUCGGCUGGAGGAACGAGAGUUCCCAAAAGGGAUACGUGGAGGUGGAGUUCCACUUCGAUAGGCCACGGAAUUUCACCCUGAUGAAGGUGCACUGCAACAAUAUGUUUUCCAAGGGGGUGAAGAUCUUCCAGAAGGCCGAGUGCCUGUUUAAGCCCAGGAUUCUGGCCGACUGGGAGGUAGAGCCUGUGGUGGUGCUGAUGGUGGUGGAUGACAAGAACCCCAGCGCUAGAUUUGUAACCAUCCCCUUGCACCAGCGAGUGGGUAGCGCCAUCUUGUGCCGAUUCUACUUUGCUGACACCUGGAUGAUGUUCAGUGAGAUUUCCUUUGAGUCAGAUAUGGGCAUUGCUGUGCCCACCUUUGGCACCCUCUCUCCCACCUCAGCUCUGGCACAAACCACCGAGGCUCCAGUCCCUCUGCAGAACUGUACAGAAAAGAAUCUGGAGACCACUUUCCCUUUCACCAUCAGCCGACCAGUGGUAAAUCCCCACGAGUCAAGAACAUCGGUUCUGAUUGGCUGCCUGGUGGCGAUUAUACUUCUACUUGUCCUGAUCAUUGUGCUGAUCCUGUGGAAGCAGUAUAUUCAGAAGAGACUGGAGAAGGCACCGCGGAGAAUCUUGGAAGAAGAUGCCACCGUCCGCCUCUCAUUCUACAGCUACACCAUUGGCAACAGUCAUCAGACUCAGAUCCACCAAUCGAAUCCCACCUAUGAGCGGAUCUUCCCUCUGGAUCUCGACUAUCAGCAGCCGACCAAACCUCUGCGCAAACUGCCAGAGCUUUCCCAGAGCGCAGAGGAUUCUGCCUGCAGCGGAGACUACGCUGAGCCCGAUCUGACCAAAUCCACCCCACACCAGGGCUUUCAGAACAGCGUCCCCCACUACGCAGAGACAGAUAUAGUCAACCUGCAGGGAGUGACAGGGAACAACAUGUAUGCAGUGCCCGCCGUCACCGUGGACUCCCUCACGAAGAAAGACAUCAGUGUUGGAGAAUUCCCCCGCAACCAGCUUCGACUCAAGGAGAAACUGGGCGAGGGGCAAUUUGGAGAGGUUCAUCUGUGCGAAGCCGAAGGGUUACAGGAGUUCCUGAAGAUGUCGCCCAAUGACUUCAGUGAUCAGCCCAAUAUGGUGGCGGUGAAGAUGCUGAGAACCGACGUCACUAAAACAGCCAGAAACGACUUUCUGAAAGAGAUUAAGAUCAUCUCUCGCCUCAAACACCCCAACAUUAUCCGUCUCCUGGGGGUCUGUGUGCAGGACGACCCCCUCUGUAUGAUCACGGAAUAUAUGGAGAAUGGGGAUCUCAACCAGUUCCUGUCCCAGAGGGAGAUCCGCAGUCAGUUCACCAAAGCCAACAACAUCCCGUCUGUGAGCCGGCAGAACCUCCUGUACAUGGGCACGCAGAUCGCCGCUGGGAUGAAAUAUCUUGCGUCGCUAAACUUUGUGCACAGAGACCUGGCAACGCGCAACUGCCUCGUGGGCAACAGCUACACCAUCAAAAUAGCUGAUUUUGGGAUGAGCCGGAACUUGUACAGCGGCGACUAUUACCGGAUCCAAGGGCGGGCCGUUCUGCCCAUUCGCUGGAUGGCUUGGGAGAGUAUCCUGCUGGGGAAGUUUACCACCGCCAGUGAUACGUGGGCCUUUGGUGUCACCCUGUGGGAGAUGUUCAGCCUGUGCAAGGAGCAGCCGUACAGUGUCCUUUCCGACGAGCAGGUGAUCGAGAACACGGGCGAGUUCUUCCGGGACCAGGGCAGACAGAUUUACCUUUACCAGACGCCCCUGUGCCCGGGUCCAGUCUUUGAUCUGAUGAUGAAGUGUUGGAGCCGAGACAUAAAGGACCGACCCACCUUUGAGAUGAUUCACCAUUUCCUGAUGGAGCAGUUGGAUUGUGCUGCGUAGAUGUGCAACGAGCACAGACUUUGGCUUAUUACAGGGCACUAAGGACUAGUAGCCCGACUAGUGAGGGGGCAGGGCAUGUGCCGGAGCCUCCCACUCAUCUGGAGUUGUACUGGACACAACCUUUAGUUUUCUCGAUGUAGAUGGACCAAGAGACAUUGUUCUGCUGCAGCGCCGUUGCAUUUCUAUUGGCCCUCGGACUCGUUGGUUCUGCAGGAGACAUGAGCUGGGACUGAGGACUGGAAAGGGGAGCUGGAUAGGAUGGACUGUAUCCACUGAGGCCCCACUUUCUCUCUGUAUGUAUAUAUGUGAGUGGGGACAUGAGCUCCCAGUGCCAUUACACAAAUUCUGCACAAUUUGUAUAUAUUUGAGUACCGCCGCCUUCUCGGCACCAACGCUUUGUACAUAGAUUCAUCUCCAGGAUUUCCCCACAAAGACACAGGACCAAGUAACCAUUACGGAUAUGAUGCCAAUCUCUGUGUAAUGGCAUGAGGGGCACCCACCCACAGCUAAAUCAUUGCUUUCUCCGUUUCCUGGGGUUGGGUUGGUAAGAAAGGGCAUGCACACCUACCUGCCCCCUCAGGAGUAAAGGGGUUAAUAAGAUAGUAGCAGGGUUGAUAAUGGACAGAGACCUGUGACAUGCGGGCAUUGCCAAGCGGGGGGGGGGGUUCUCUGGUAUCUUUAGCACAGAGAUUGCCCCACUUCUCUGUAUAAUAUAAGGGGUUAAUCUCAUGCAGGUUGCAAGUAGUUAAUGGCAGCGCUAAUUCAUGUACCACUAAGUGAGCGGGGUGCAGCCAGUGUUUGGGGAGGGGUUAAUGGAUUGCAAGCAGUUCGGUGCAAUAAUAGUUCAUCUUUAAGUACCCCCAGAACUAGGGCACUAGUAUAACCACUAGGGGCAAAACCUGUGGGCCACCAGCAUUUAACCCUAUAAAGGGCACUCACUGUAUCUGUGUUUAUAACCACUUGUGCUCUGCUCACCUGGGAUAAAGGGGGGACACCUACUGUCCUGAAUGCAAAGUGCUGUGCCAGGAGUGAUUGGCCAAACAGAACUGCGCUCAUGCUGCUGCCCCCGGCCCCGUUACUUCUAUUACUCUUUAAUCAUAUGAAGUUAUUAAAUUCUUUUUCUCCCACACUGGAUUUGUAUGUGAUGAAUGGCACCCACGGGUCCUCUAAAUCAUGUUCUUUGGACCCACUAGAGUGGGGUGGGGAGGGGUGGAUGAGUGAAACUGUACUACUGUCACUGGGCUGUACACAAUUGGGGCUUGUGUACUUACCUGUGCUGUGUACUUACCUGUAGCCACAAUGGACUGAAGUGCAAUGGGAAUCCUGUAUUGCCCAAUAAACAUGAGCCGGUUCUUUGCAAA